AUGGAAAGUUCGCAGUUCAUUACCACAACAUUUCGAGCUGAGCUUGUAAAAGUCGCUGAUAAAAUCUAUGGUGUCACACACAAAAAUAGGGUUAGCCGUGUGAAUGUAGUGACAAAGGAGGAAGCUUUGGACUUUAUUGAACAUGAUCAAUCCCAUAAUGCUGAAUGA